GUCCUCCGUUUUCACACAUGGGAUCGGUGAUCGGUCUGUCCGCCUCCUGAAGCCCGCACAGGCACCGCAACAAGCGCACACGUCCGGCGCUCGCUGUUGUUUUUAUUCUCACCCCCGGGUUUAUUCUGAGGGCUUUAGUUCCUGCAGUCUUUUCAUGUGGGCUCCGGAUCAGAGGAAGCGUCACCACAGCGGCUGAUUCACACUUUUCUUAUUCCAUAUAUUUAUUUUUCCUUAUUUGUGGCUCCUGUGUCGCUCUCUCGGUUUCGUUGGAUCUGCGGCUCCAGAUGCAAGGAGGCGUGAUGGAGAAAAUGUCCCGACAUCCCGUCCCCAUGAACCCGAGUUUUCUCCCCCAGUCCACGCACGGAGUCCUGAAGUCUCUGCUGGAGAACCCGAUGAAGCUGCCGCUGCACCAUGAAGGUUUCAGCAAGGAGCAGGAGAAGGAGAAGAACCUGGAUGAGGAGCGUAGCGCCCCCCAGUCAGCCUUCCUGGGUCCCACGCUUUGGGACAAAACGCUGACCUACGAUGGAGACACUUUCCAGCUGGAGUACAUGGACCUGGAAGAGUUCCUGUCCGAAAACGGCAUCCCCUCCAGUCCCUCCCAGCACCACCACAACCAGCAUCAACCACACGCUCCAUCACGCCACCCAACAAACAUUCCCCAAUCCAAGCCGGUGCCAUCAGUGAUGGACCUCAGCAACCACGCCUCCACCUCCAUACACACAAGCAUCAUCUCUCCGAACUGCCUGCACAGCAGCCCGGCAAGAGCAGGCCUCCCGAGCUCCAGAAACACUCCCAGCCCCAUCGACCCGGACUCCAUCCACGUCCCCGUCAGGUACGAGCCCGACCCCGCCGACCUUGCUCUGUCCAGCGUGCCGGGUCAGGAGAUGUUCGAUCCCCGAAAACACAAGUUCUCUGACGAGGAGCUGAAACCACAACCGAUGAUCAAGAAAGCUCGCAAAGUGUUCAUCCCCGAGGACCUGAAGCAGGAUGACAAAUACUGGGCCAGGCGCAGGAAGAACAACGUGGCCGCCAAGCGUUCUCGGGACGCGCGGCGGCUCAAAGAGAACCAGAUCGCCAUCCGAGCCGGCUUCCUGGAGAAGGAGAACUCGGCUAUGAGGCAAGAGGUGGCCGAGCUGAGGAAAGAGCUCGGACGCAGCAAGAACAUCCUGGCCAAGUACGAGGCACGGCACGGACCGCUGUGAGGACACACACACACACACACACACACACACACACACACACACACACACACACACACACACACACACACACACACACACACACACACACACACACACUCCACCACCUCCUCUCACGGCAGGCUAAGAGUAAAGAUGCAGAAAUACUCUUUUAAAUUUACUGGACCAAACCAUUCAUCAAACUUCAGUUUUUCUUUAUUCCAUUAUCACAUCAUUCAGGAGUUCUUCUGUAUUUAUACCAAAAAUGUAGAUGUAAGUCUGAUGAACCACAUUUUACUCUCAGUUUUUCCUGAUUGAAAAGCAGACGUUUAAUUCUUUAAAGUGUGAAACAGAAGAUUCAGUUCAGUUCCAGUUUAAGAUUGUUUUUGAUAUUUCUACAAUUCUCUUAUCAGACUCUUUUAUCCAAAGCGACGUACAUCAGAGAGUAAGAACAACACAAGCAAGGAUCUAGAAAAAAGGGAACAAUGUCAGUAAGAGCAAACGAUCAGCUUUGAGUCUGAUUGGACACACAGGUGCUGACAGGAAGUGACCAGAGGCAAAGCACAACAUUGAGGGCAGUUCUUGAGAGCUCUAAUCAGUAUAGAAACCAUCUUAUAAGUCGUCGUUAUCAAACAAAAACCAUCGUCAUUACCAUCAUCAUCAUCAAUAAUAUGGAGACCAUCAUCAUUAAGUUAGUAGGUAUUCAUGAAAGAGCUGGGUCUUUAGCUUUUUCUUAAAGGUGCAGAGGGACUCUGCAGAUCACAUGGAGUUUGUUUGCGGUUGCUAAAAUCCAAAAUUUAAAAAUCCAAAAAUAUGCUGCAGUACAUCUGAAAACACAAAACAGGGUUAGGGUUAGUCCUGACAACCCGCCAGUGAUUUCUGCUUUCAUUUCUGUCGCUUGGGUAGAUAAUCGAGGAAGGCGGCGACUCUACAAGUCACUGACGAGGAAAUGUUUUUAUGUUAGUCAUGAAAAAAUCAGUUUAAGGAGAGUUUCAAACCUUCAAAUCGACCGACAAUGUCAGAGUCUGUGACGCUCUCAGAAGAUACUGUACAGCUGAUUUCAUGAGGUUUGUUGACUUUGAAAUGAAAUGCAGAAUAUCCCAAAACUUUUAUCUUUUAUUACACCAUUUAAAAACAACACAGACUCAUUUUUUAUUUUUCAGUUUCUGCAGCCGAUUAUUUCCUCCUAUUUGGUUCUUGUUGGAGUAUAAUCAACAAAAACCUCCUGCCGUGAGCUGAGCCCAUUACUCAGGAUUAUUCAACACACACACACACACACACACACACACAAAGACAUGAACACACACACACACACACAAAGACAUGAACACACACACACACACACACACACACACACACACACACACAGCUGGUAGGACGUCUCUCCGGCCCUGUGAAUUCUCUCAGUGUUUGGAAAAAGACACUUUAAACCUACCGACGCCCCACCCCCGCACAGACUCCGCCCCCUGCCUCUCAUCCAGGUGUGCUCCCACAAUGCACCUGUCUCUGUACAUACCUGCCUUUCUCCUGAUGACUGUACAUGAAUGUUCUCACCUGUUGGUCACUGGAGACCUGUUCUACUUCACGCCUUUUCAGAAGCGGCGUUUUUACAGAUAUUUAUGGAGAAAGAAGAAACGUAACACAGGACAUCUUCACUUUAAGAUCCACUCACUGGUUUUCAUACAGAGCGCCAAAAAUGCCAAAUUGAUUUUAUAGAAACGCUGAAAUUUGUUCUUUUGAUACUCCAAAAAAAUCUGCCCGAGAAGCCUCAAAAAGUUUUUCUUAGUGAUUUUUUAAAAUGAAAACAUCAGGGAGUGUGUUUCUAAAUCCUGACAGAUUCUGUGUUUAAGAAAAGGAAAACCAAAGAGAUUUGGUCUUUGGCGCCCCCUGGUGGUCGAGGGGCUCUCUGCAGGCUCAUGGAUAGUUUACAUGUUCUCACACGCUGCAGGAAGCUUCAUCGUCUCUACAGGCGUGAUGAUCUGACGAUAAACCAGCGAUUAAUAUUCUUUUUUUUUUUGGAGUCGGACGUGAGGUCAGUCUCACGUUUCCCUUCAGUUCGAUAUCUUCAGCGUUUGGACCUCCAUGUUCAUCCUCCGUUCUCUCUGUUCCUGCCUGUUCAUCAUGUCGGACUCUUUGUUUUUAAACUGUUUGAAUCUUGUCACUGUACACAAAGUCUUUACUUGAUUACUUUGCUUGAUUACCAAACCUGUCAUGUGACAUCACAGCUUAUGCAUCCUUCUUUUUGUGUGAUUUUUUUCCCCCUCCAGUUUUCAUUUGUCCCAACUUUCCUGAACGUCACAUCCUCAGUCUGUCUGGAAAAUCAGUUUCUCGAGCACUUUGUGAGUUUUGUUGAUGACAAAGUGUUUAUUUCUUUAAUACUUUAUUCCCAUACUCUGCGUCCCUGCAGGCUUAAAGUGAAAGUUAAUUAAAGGAAGAAUGUGCGACUUUUUGAUCCAGUAGAGGUCGCCCUUGAGCUCCAGCAUGAAACCAAAACAAACUUCUGUUUGGCCACGCCUCCUCCAUCCUGAAGCCUCCGCUCUCCUCCAGAGACACACCUCCAACCCCCCCUCCACUCAUGUUCACACAAAGCGAAGGAGUCAAGCACAAUCGGCCGACAAACUUGCCCUCGGCUCGAGCUGCAAUCACCUGUGUCCUCCAUUGUUGUGUUAGCAUGCUAAUGUUAGCGCUCUUUAGUUAGCUCGUAGCUUCACAUUGUUGUGUUAGCAUGCUAAUGUUAGCGCUCUUUAGUUAGCUCGUAGCUUCACAUUUCAUGUAAACUGACACAGAAUGAGCGUGAUCUAAAAACCACAAACAUCAAAAAACAAAACAAAAACAUCCAAAUAAUCAGUGAGUAUGUUCUUCUUCUUCUCUCUAGUUCUUGACUAAAACAGCUUUUAUACACAGGGGGAGGAGCCGGCCGUCCCGUAAACACGGCUCUGACAACAACACAGCCAGCGGGACUCGAGCUUCUCCCUCAUUGUAGACAGUCAUGACUCAGAGACACAUUUACACAGGACAGACUUUAUGAUUUAUUGAUGUGGAACAUGUCGAUCAUUCUUCCUUUAAAGCUGUUGAUCCAGUUCAGGUCUUGGUCUCAGUUGGUUAAAGUGUUUUUAUUUAAUUUUUUCUCCAAGUUUGUUGAAGGAUAUUAUUUUGUUUGAACAAUCGAUAACAUUCUUUAAAAAGUGUAUUGAUUUUUUUUUAAAUACUCUAACAAGAAGAAAAACACUGUCAGCUUUAAAAACAUGUUUUAUAAUCUCAGAGAGUGAAACUACUUUAACCUUUAAAUUAACCUGAACGAGGUUUCUUUGUUUGAACGACCUCCAGACUCGUCCCUCUCAGUGCAAUAGAUGCUUCUUCUCGACUUCACGGCAUGAACUGUACUUUGCUGUUUCCUCCCUUGUCGUAUUUUCCUAUGUGUAGCUCAGCGACAGUUGCGCCCCCCGGUGGCCGCCUGAGACAUGAAUGUAUAUUUGAAACGGUGCGUUGGGUGAGCGUUGUCGUCCUCUUUACUACCGACCAAAAGCGUAUUUAAAGGAUAUAUUGAUACAUGAAAGGUUUUAAUGUUUAUACAGAGAUAUUCUUCUUGGUUUUGUACAGUCUGUUUUCCUACUUAGAUAUUUCUUGUGUAUUUUAAGAAAGGGUUACAUAAAUAUAAGCAGUAUAUUAAAUAUAUAUUCAUAAAUAUUACCAAAACGGCGUGCCCGACCUGUCCGGGCGAUGCAUGGGCAUUACAGUGUGUCCCGUUCCUCCCUGCGUAGUUGAAAUACCUCAGACCCCUCCUCUUGACUUGUUUCCCCCCUCCCCCACACCUGUGCAGGUGCCUCAUCAGCUGAUCCAGCUCUCGGGUUGUUUGUGCUCCAGGUGUCCCGGCUCCGUGUAGACGCUUACCUUUGUGGCGUUUUCAGCCCAGACGAAUGUAUUCCCCGACCUGAAGCACUUAUUUUUAAUUUGAAUGUUUUCUUUUCUUUCGUUGGGUGUGAUUUUCUCUUUCCUGCAUCCUGUCGUCCACUUCUCUCUCUCUCUCUCUCUCUCUUUGCUCGGAGAGAUUUUUCCAUGUUUGUCCUUGAUUAUGUUUCACAUGAUCAAAAUGAGAAUAUAAAUAAAAGUUUAAAUCGUC